UCUCUCUCUCAAUCUCUCUCUUUUCUCUUUCUCUUUCACCUCUAUAUAUGUGAUUUCUCUCUCUAGCCUCUAGCCUCCUAGGUCUCCGCAUUGUUUGUGAUCUAUUAAAGUUGGAAUUUGAUGCUUCCUUUGUUGUUUCUUCAAGUACGCAGUUGUUGAAUUUGGUUUUUUCAUUGUGGAAUUUAAGCAAGCAUUUGAUGCUUUCAGAGUUACCAUCCAAUUUCCAUUUUAGGCCACUGUCCUGAAGCCCUGCAAAUUUCCAUUCUUGUGUAAUUCAAGUAAAAUUCGGUGCUUUUUUGGUCUUUUUCUUUAUUUUUUGGUGCCCAUCUGAGAAUAUCUCUAAAGGGUUUCUGCAGCUGUCCUUUUAUGGGUUCGUAGGAGUUGAUGGUGUUGAUUCAAAACUUUUUCAACUUUCAAAUUUUGGCUGUUGCAAUUUUCCUCAAUACGGCUUCUCUCAACUCCAUUUUCAUUUGAUUUAAUCGCUUGAAGCUUAUUGUGAUCCCCUUCAUUGAGUCUGAGAUCAAGAGAUUCGGGCCUACUUAUCUCAAGUCUGUUUAAUUUAGAUUAGGAGGAUGUGAAAUUUUUAUUCUUGUGCAAACAAAAGAGAAAAAGGGAAUCUGCUUUCUUUUUGCGGGUCUAGUGAGCUGUUUCUUGGUUAAUGCCAUUGUUUAUCCACUUUAUGCUCUGAAAGGUGCACUUUCUUGUUCCUGUCGAACCAUUUUUCUUAGAGUAGACUUGAUCCUAGCGGCUGUGUUUUUGAAAGAAGAGGUAAAUAGCUGGUGUUUUGUAGAUUUUAUGCCUGAACAUUGGAUUUCUCCUUUACCUCUGUCUAUAUGAGAUGCUGCAAUAAGAGGUUUCUUUUGCUUUAACACCUCCUCAGUUCUAUAAAGCUGCCAAGGUUACUUGUUCCUUGUCGAGUCCUGCAAGAUAUUACCAGCUGUAUUUGGUCAAACCUACUUUCCCUUUAGUUAUAUAGUUUAGUAUCCAUCCAGUCCUAGUUUAGGGUAACAGUGGAAUUGAGUUUUUUCUUUUUUAGUUUCCUGCUACUCUAGGUAGAUUUCUACAAGUUCCGGGGUUUUUCUUUUUCUCCGUUUUUUUUUUUUUUUCUUCCUUUUCCUCGAGUCUGUUGCCUUAGAAUAAGAUGGGUAUUGAUGACAAUGGUAAUAUGGGGUUUCCAAAUACAAGUCAGAGUAUUUUGAAUUGCCCAUCUUCAGGGAUGAACACACAUCCAAUCUCUGAGAAGGUUACAGGAAUGACAAUGAGCUCGGUGUCCAUGUAUAAAUCUUCAAAUGGAGGAGACCCUUUCUUUGGUUCUGGUUGGGAUCCCAUUGUGUCCUUAAGUCAGAAUGAGAAUUUUGGAGGGUCUUCAAUGGUUUCUCACAGUGAGUUUGCUAAUUCUGCUUACCCUGUUGUACUGGAAAAUCAGGGAAUUGGUAGCACCCCCCACCUUGUUCUCUACCCAUCUAAUUCAAGUCUAGUAGAGAUGGUGCCGAAGCUUCCAUGCUUUGGCAGUGGGAGUUUCUCCGAAAUGGUUGCUUCGUUUGGCCUACCUGAGUGUGGCCAGACUGCUAAUUCUGGGUGCCCUCCAAAUUUUCCCCCAAACAAGGAGGGUCUCACUGAGAAAAGCUUAAAUGGUGCACAAUCUCAAGAGGGCCACCAAAUUUCAGAAGACGAUGCCGUGGAUGCUUCACCUAGUGGAAAGAGAAGAAAAAGUUCCUUUGAUCCUCGUCCUCCAUUGAAUACCAGCAAGAGUGCUGAUGGAGAACAACCAAAGGGUCUCCCUUGGGAAAAUUCUGAGUUUUCAAAAGAACAAGAAGAGAAGAAACAAAAGAUUGAUCAAAACAUGAGUCCAAAUUUACGUGGUAAGCAACCAAAUAAACAUGCUAAAGACAAUUCUAGCAAUGGAGAAGCUCCUAAAGAAAAUUACAUUCACGUGAGGGCCAGAAGGGGCCAGGCGACUAAUAGUCACAGCCUUGCUGAAAGGGUCAGAAGAGAAAAGAUCAGUGAGCGUAUGAGACUGCUUCAAGAACUUGUUCCAGGAUGUAAUAAGAUUACUGGGAAGGCAGUAAUGCUUGAUGAGAUUAUCAAUUAUGUACAGUCACUGCAACAACAGGUUGAGUUUCUGUCAAUGAAACUUGCCACUGUCAAUCCAGAACUGAACAUUGAUAUAGAACGACUUCUAUCCAAAGAUAUUCUUAAUUCACGAGGUGGCAGUACAUCUGUUCUUGGGUUUGGUCCAGGAAUGAGCUCUUCUCAUCCUUACCCACAUGGAAUUUCCCAGGGAACCUUGCCAGGUAUCCCGACUCCACAAUUUCAUUCCACUCAGACUGUAUGGGAUGGUGAACUCCAAAGUCUUCUCCAAAUGGGAUUUGAUUCUAACCCAUCUAGCAACAAUCUGGGAACAAAUGCAGGCCGCUCAAAACUGGAGCUAUAGAAUUUUGGGGAGAGAGAAAGCUGUUUCUUCCUGACAAAGAAUUCAAUUAUCCUUAAGUUGACUGAACAUUUAACUCAACUAGGAAAAGAAUAGGGGAAAAAAAAGAGGAAAUUCUUCAAAGUUGUAUAGGUUCUCAACUCCUAACUGUUUGUUCUUCGAAUUUUAGCAGAAGAAGAUGACUUCUUAGAUUUACAGACCGUGUAUAUUCGAAAAGCAAAAGUGAGACUUUUGAGUGGUGAAGAUGAUUGUUUUCAUUGGUGUUGUAGAUUAGAGGAAGUGGGUUUGAAGCUUUGCGAGGGUUUUGGGGAAACUGUUAAAGAGAGACAAGUAUAUUGUAGAGUGCAUAAAGUUCAGAAAAUAGAUGGGGUGAGACAUCGUUUUGUUUACAUGGCAUUCCUUCAAAUACAAGGCUCCAUUCUAUUACCAAUAAAUUGGCAUAUGGGUUUCUCCCUUUCUCCA